AUGAAGCGACUAAAGCUACUUUCAUCCAUUGCCAUAUUAUCUACUCUCCUAAUACCUCCAAUAAACUCUCAAGGCUAUGACUUUGAUACUCCCCCUCUUACAACAACUUCAUCCCCAACAACUACAGUUAUCAACUGCAAUCCUUGGGCAAUAACUACAACAAUCGCUCCUCCAAGCCUUUUUAACCCAUUAAUACCAACGUUUCCACCACCACCUCAUGUGGGAUUCGUGGCAUUGACUGGUCUUCAACCACCCUCAUUGUCUAACUCGUUUUGGGGUUUGCCGCCGGCUACAGCUCCACCUGCAGCCAUACCUUCUGGGUUGGUUUUACCUGGAUUUUUGGCUAAACAAGCACCAGGGUUUGGAAAUGGUAUAUCUGGUUUAUCAUCACCAACUGCUGCUUUAAAAGCAAAUAAAAUGGCAUCUAAUGGUGAAGCAUCAACUGCUUUAGGACCUACAAGUUUAAAGUCAAGCUCAGCAUUUCCAUCUGCUUCACCAGGUUCAGAAAAGCCAUCUUCUUCAGCAACUUUAGAAAAGCUAUCAUCUUCUUCAACGUUCCCUAAUCUAAAGCUAGGACCCCAACCUCCAGCUUAUAACCUAUUUGAAGAUAAAAAGCCAGCUUCUGAUUUAGGAUUAAUAGUUGAACCAAACGAAGCAAAUUCAAGUCAAAACGUAAAUUCAAGUUCAAUCAAUACUACCAAAUUAGCAUCUAGUGAUUCUACUGGUCAAGCACGAGAAAAUGCAAAGCCUAAGAACAAGACUUUAGAAUCUUCUCAGAAUGAAGUUAUUGGAUCGAGAAGUAAUCAUCAAAGUUUGCAUCAUAAUUCUACUGUUUUAAACAACUCUUCAGCUCCAAACAACGUACAAAAUAAAGAGAAUAUGACCACAAAAUCGGUCAAUAAUAGUCCUACAGAAAACAUAAUGCCAAAGUCUAGCAAUACCUUAGCUACAGAACAAAAAACCGUAACAAAAUUAGUAUCAAAGCCAGUAUCAAGUUCUAGUACUGUUGAACAACCAAAAACUGUUAGAUCUAAUCAUGGAUCAUUGGCUGGGCCAUCUGCUUCAAGUCCUGUAGAAGUUUUGAGCAGUCAAAUAAGAACAACUCAAAAAGAGUUUAAAUUAUCACCGUCUUCAGUAUCACCAGUACCAGCAUCUUUAGUAUCACCAGUACCAACAGCUUCUGUAUCACCUUUACCAACAACUUUAACAUCAACCGUAUCAUUAUCAAUAAAUCAAUCACCAACUGCAUCUUUAUCAGCAAAUCAACCUUCUUCUUCACCUAGCCCUUCAACAACAUUACCCAACCCUUCGUCAUCCGUUUCAUCAUCCACAUCUUCAACAAUAAGAACAUCAUCUGUAUCAAGACCCUCAAGACCAAAAAGCAAACAGAAUAUACAACCUGUGUUUGCUUCAAAGUCAGUAGACAACCCACCAAUAGUUCUAGAAAAGCCAAUAGCAAAUAAUAACUUUAAAGCUCAAAGAAGUUGGAGAUUAAACACAGUAAACCCUGCAUUCAACUCUGUAGCGUCAACUACUGCCAGUCCGGUUUUAGCUACUGCCAGUUCUUCUGACUUUUUAAGUGUCUCAGAUCUGACUACACCAAACCCUACAAUGCUACUAGAGAAUCCUACAACAAUAUCUUUUAGAAACUUGUCGCCGUUGUUUACAUUGCCUAAUCUUUUAACUACAACUACUAUUUUACCUAGAAACAAUGAUGUACCUAAAGGUUUAAGAAUUCAUCAAAAUCAGAAUAAACAACCAAACCUUACUGCAACUACUGUAACACCAAAAACUACUGUAUUAUCACAAAAUAGUAACAAUACUACAAAUCUUCAAAAACAUAUAAAUGAAGUGCCUAAACAACCUGACUUCAAAAUACCUUCAGAAGUCACUACUAAUCCUACAUUAACGGAUGAUAAGGUAGAAAGUGUUACAACAACCCCUUUGAGAAAAGUAAACAUACGACCAAAUGUUACAUCGCAACAUGUAGAAAGUAAUGUGACAACAUCGACAAGCACAUCAUCAUCUAGAAGACGGUCAAGCAAAAGAACACACAGUUUGGUGCCUGGAAAAAACUUUUUAUCUCCAGUUGACAGUUCUUUUGGAAGGGUAAGGAUUAUUAUUGCUGGGCUGGGCUGGGUCAAGCUUGAAAGAAGCCUGAUCGCUAAAAAAACUAAAUCCCCAAAGUCCCAGAUUACGUCCCGCAACGAAGCCACCCAAGCCCAUUUUUGUUUUAUCAAAUCUAGGCACAAGCUAAAAACAAGACAGGACACAACUACAUCAAGUAUUACUUUUAAAAAAAUACUAGUAAUGCCCUAAAACCUGAUUAAAAACUAAAACUUUAUUAUAUUUUUUCAGCAAGCACCAGAAGCCUCAUCGCGUGACCAGCUAAUCAACAAAUGUUUAAAAACGGUUUGUAAAGAUUGGGUCGAUGAAUGUCACUGGUUUUGCGAUUAUAUUCAAAGCAAUGUAAGUUUGUCUGAAAGCUUUAUUUUGUGCCAGCACUGGACAUGGCUUUCCUGCUUAAAAAUUGGCUUGGCCCGGUCCGAAAGCCAGGUCUAGCCAGCACAAAAAGUCCUUCGUUGGAAAAGAGAAAUGUGACUAAAACUAUGAGUUUCUUUUCAAAAUGCUAUUAUUAAAUGCAUUAAAAGUGGCAUUUCAGGCGCAACAACAACGCUGUAUGGAGUGCCUGUCAUGGCGUGGUAAAUCGUGUUUCAGUUGCUUCCAAAUGUAA